ACUCAGUUUUAAAAACGAAUCAAGAUUGUUAGUGGUCUUAUGUCCGACUAGUUGUGCAUUUUGUGUUUUUUUAACUCAUUUGUCGACAAUGUUUCCGAAGUGCCCAAAAGCCAAAUGUUGCCAUAAUUAUUACUCCCAAGGUGUAGUCGUCUUCGCAAUUUUUUUUUAUCAAGUUUUAGGAUGUGCGAUGUUAGUAUCUCUAGCUUUGCCAUCUUCAUCAGAAAAGCCAUCGAUCGCUUCUUACAUUCUUUCAGCUGUUUCUGUUCUUCUGGGUCUUUGGCUGUCCGUAGCGGCUAUUACGCGCAAGAAAAAUUUGGUAUUGGCGGUGCUAAUUGUGGGUGUUGUGAAGUUGGUUAUAGGUGCGAUUUAUUUGUUGCUUCCUAUUGAAAAAGAGGUGGGAAUUUCGGAUUUUGGUGCGAGUUGGCCCCUGCUUUUGCUCUUUUGUACGAUGCAACAUGGGAUCUACUUGUAUUAUAAACAACUGAGAAAUGACGAAAUCUUUGCAAGAAAUGAAGAUAUUCUCACUAUUGAAUAAAUAAAAUAACUGUUUUUAAAACUAUUCUAGUGAAUGAUAAAGAUAUACAAAAAAUUUGGCUAUUU